AUGUCGAGCCAACAGCAGAUUGACCCGAAGAAGCAACAGGAGUUGCAGGCCCAGUACACCAAUUUCAAGAACACCCUCCAACAAUUAGCACAGAAGAUUGGCGACAUUGAGCAGGAGGCCGAAGAGCACAAACUUGUCAUCGACACCUUGAAACCUCUUCCCCAGGAACGGAAAUGCUUUCGCAUGGUGAACGGAGUGCUAGUCGAGCGCACAGUUGAAGAGGUUCUCCCGACGCUACAGACCAACUCGGACGGACUGCAACAGGUUCUGGAGGAUAUGCUGAAGCAAUAUAAGUCCAAGCAAACUGAGUUGGACAGCUGGAAGAAGAAGAACAAUAUCCAGGUUGUGCAGCCUUAA